AUUCUAUGCUAAAAUUCUAUGAUACAUGUCCAAGUAUCUGCCACGCCUGGCACCAUGGAGGGGGCGGCCAAUCUUGCUGAUGGCCCAGCGCCAUGCCACCACCGACUGCGACAAGAUCGCCCACACGACGGUGUCCAUGAGUCGCAGCCUGCGCAAGACAACGCCCGCGGCCUAUAAGAUUCUGCGCAAGGCUGUGGCCAGGCUGGAGCAAAUGAUUUGCCUGGGCCAACGCAUCAGACUAAGCGACAAGGAGCAGGCGGCCAACGCUGUCAUCAUGCGCGUGAAGAAGGAGGAAAUAAAGCGAGGACUGCUCGAUCCCUCCAAGUUCUCGCCGGGGCAGCACAUCUUUCAGACCCUCAAACACAUUAGGAAGUCGCCGAUCUUUCGGCUGCUCAAGAAGAUGCCCAAAGGGGGCGUGUUGCAUGCCCACGACACGGCACUGUGCAGCACGGAGUACCUCAUUGAGUUGACGUACCGCGAGCACCUGUGGAUCUGCACCGCGGACGAGGGCUGCAGGGCGAUUGCCUUUCGCUUUUCGCUGGAGCAACCCACCCUUGAGACCCUGGAGCCCUGCAACUGGGAGCCCAUGGAGGAGUUUCGACAGCGUCGCGGCGAGGAGAAUGUCCGAAGGUAUUUGCAGCGGCGCUUCAGCAUGUAUCCCUUCUCGAACUUCAAGUCGAACAACGAGGCGUGGACACACUUCAUGGGCAUCUUCAUGCUGCUCGACGGACUCCUCUGCUAUGCGCCCGUGUGGGGCGAUUACUACUACAACGCCCUGAAGGAGUUCUACGAGGAUGGGGUGCAAUAUCUCGAGCUGAGAUCCGUGCUGCCGCCGCUCUACUGCAUUGGUGGCGAGAUGUUGACCAUCAGGGACACGGUGGCCAUCUACCAGGCCGAAAUGGAACGCUUUAAGGCCUCGCAUCCGGACUUUAUCGGCUCUAAACUCAUCUACGCACCGCUGCGUGGUGUGGAGCCCAAAGUGGUGGAGGAAUAUGUCAAAACGGCAGUGGAAUUGAAUAAAGAAUUCCCCAACUUUAUGAUUGGCUUUGAUCUGGUGGGCCAGGAGGAGCUGGGCCGCCCGCUCAAUGACUUCGUGGAGCCGCUGCUGACGAUGCCGGAGCACAUUCACUUUUACUUCCACGCGGGCGAGACCAACUGGUUUGGCUCACCCAUCGAUGAGAAUCUGAUCGAUGCCAUAUUGCUGGGCACGAAGCGGAUUGGCCAUGGCUAUGCCCUGACGAAACAUCCGCUGUCCAUGGAGCUGUGCCGCCUGCUCGACAUUGCCGUUGAAGUGUGUCCAGUGUCCAAUCAGGUGCUGCAGCUGGGCGUUGACUAUCGCAAUCAUCCAGCAGCUCUAAUGAUAGCCGCCAAUGUGCCGAUUGUCGUCAGCUCAGACGAUCCAUCCUUCUGGCGUGUGGCGCCCCUGUCGCAUGACUUUUACUUUGCCUUCCUAGGCAUAGCCCCAAUGCAGGCUGAUCUGCGUUUCCUCAAGUGCCUGGCCCUCAACUCGAUCAAGUACAGCGCCCUCAAGGGCAAGGAGCAGCGGGAGGCGUACAGCAAGUGGCAGAAGCUGUGGAGCAAAUGGAUCGAUGAUGUCAUCAAAAAUUCAAAGUAGUUUUGUCUUUUUUUUUCAUUAAAUUUUUCGCAUUUA